AUGUCGUCAGCAACAGAGACUCCCGCAGAUGUCCAGCCUCCUCGAAACCUGUCCGCUAACCCGGAAUUGGGUCCCCUAUCGUCCAAGAUACUGCCUCACCUGUUCAAACUGUAUGGCUGCACCGCAAGAGACGAGGAUUUUCAAAUUUACUCUCCAUAUGCAAAGUUCGACGAUCCACUGAUGUCAGCUCAUGGGUUGAAUCAGAUCAAGUCGGCAUUUUACUCCAUGCAAGUGCUUUUCCAAGAGGGGAGAAUUGUGGAGUACACUUUGGAAGAGACAUCAACAGGAGAUGGCUCAGGACUAGUGGUCAUGGACAAUAAGCAGAAUUACAAGGUUUGGGGCAGACCUUUUGAUGUCGACUCAAGAAUCCAACUCAAGGUUGAAGGAGGGAAGGUGGUCCACCAUGAAGAUCUGUGGAACAAGAAGCCUUUGUGGUCGGAUCCUUCAAAUGGCUUUUUUGGAUGGCUGGGCUACGCUUGGAGACGAAGUGCGAUGAUUACAACAGAUGUGCUUAUGGGGAGGGGAAAGGAUCCAAAAGGGAAGGCGUAA